CCCAAUUUCUUCGCCGUUUCCUCCCUCCCUCGCUCCCGUCUAUAAAUACUCUCCUCUUCUCUCUUCUUCUGAAUUCAAACGAGAGAGCCGCAAAGAGAGCGGAGGAGGAGAAGAGAAGCGUUUCUGGUUGCUCUCCCUCUUUCUUCGUUCCUUCCUUCCUUCUUCUACUAUAUUAGCGGCAUCGACACCGUCGAAUCGAGAUCAGAUGGCUCGCGCUCUCUGCAGCACUGCUGCUCUCGCCGCCACUCUCUCCGACGGGAUCACGGUCUUGAUCAGCAGGAGGGGUUACGCCGGAGCGGCGGCGGUGACGGGAACGGCCGCCAACAGAGGGAGGUCGGCGGAGGAGAAGGGGACUGUGGUCGGUUCGAGUUCGUCUUCCAGCUCUUCGGAUUCGUGGGUUCCGGAUCCGGUCACGGGGUACUACCGGCCAGGGAACCGGCGGGCGGAGGUGGACGCCGCCGAGCUCAGAGAGACGUUCCUCUCCCACAGAUCUCGACACUAAAUUGGAACAGCAAAAUUUAUGGAUGCUUGCUACUUCCACGAAGGUUCCAAUAAUUUAGAAAGCAGAAAGAAAAAAAGGAAAGAAAGGAAAGCCCAUCAUUUACAGCUACUUUGUAUUGACUCACCAUAUUUAUAAGCAUCAAUAAAAGGUGGAAUUUAUAUAAUUUUUAAUAUGUUAUAAGAACA